UGACUGCAAAACAGGUGUGCAAUGAUGGGUUUCUUUUUCAAUUGUUAAUGACUUGUUGUUUUUUUACAAUUUGAACUGCAUAUAAAUGUGCUGUGGUUUAGUUGUUUUAUCUCAGUUUCAUAUUUAUCGAUUGGAGUUAUAAACAGUGAGCAAAAAAACAACAACAGAAUAUUACGGCAAAGUCCAUAGAAUGAAGUCUCAGUUAUUGUUGUUAGGUUUGUUGUCCUUUGCUGGACUAUCUUUGGGGGUUUUAAAUGAGAAGAGGGAUAGUGAUUUAACAGGGUAUUUGGAAUCGUAUAUAUCAUCUUUUUGCAGUAGCAAUUUAUGUAAUGGGGUUAUAACUGGAUAUGAGAGUUCAACAUGCACAGGGUAUAACGAGAGCGAAGUUCAGCAGGCUCUCGAGUGUUUGUGUGGGUUAUCAGAAACAAACGAGUUUUGGAAAGCGUUUUAUCAGUGUGCCACUUGUUCAAGCAAAAUCGAUACUAGUAAUCUUGGACAGUUGAAGGGGAUUUACUGUGAUGGGUUUGAAGCGUACUUUGCUACUACUACAUUUGAUGCCAGUACUUUAGAAAUGGUUGCAACUGUUAGUUCAUCAGUUGAGCUGACAAAAGCGUCAACUCUGAGCAGUGGAAGUGCAACAGAAGACAGUGCAUUAAAAAGUGCAUCAGAACCUGAAAGUUUAGAUUCUUCUACAAUUAGUAGUUCUGUCUCAAAUUUAUUGAAUGAUACAGAAUCAAAUCAAAGCAGUGGAUCCAAAAGUGAGAGUGAAAAUGCUGGUUUUGAUUACAAAAAAAGAACGUCUUCUAUUUCUUUUUUAGUUUUGUAUUUUUUAUCCUUCUUAUUGAGUUUAAUUUAGUUUAAUUUAUAGUGUAGUUUUGCAUAGUUUACAAUGAAUAGUAGUAUGAAUGAGAUGCAAUGUUUAUUCG